AUGUCUACAGAUAUAGAAAAACCCGUCACUAAUGAUCCAGAAGAUGGUUUAUUCAAAAACAAUACUUCAUCACAAUCAUCUUUUAAAAAAGAUUUAAUGCCAGAUAAUUCAUCACAUUUAUCAGAAUCAGAAAGGGCUGAUGGUGAACAUGGAAAUAUUUUAUCUCAAUAUACUGAAAAACAAGUUAUGGUUAUGGGUAGAAAUUAUGCUAUUAAAUAUGGUUUAGAUCCUGAUUUAUUUGCUAAAGGUGCUGCAUUAGCAAGAGCUCCAAAUGCUUUUAAUUCAAUGCCCUUUUUAACUGAUGAAGAAAAACAAGGUUUAUAUUUGGAACAAACUAAAAAAUGGCAUAUUCCAUCAAGACUUUGGGCUGUAGUUGCUGCUGGUGCUAUGGCUGCAGCUGUUCAAGGUAUGGAUGAGUCAGUUAUCAAUGGUGCAACUUUAUUUUAUCCAAAAGCUUUUAGAUUACAAGAACACUUUCCAAAGAACUACGAUCUUGUCGAGGGAUUAAUCAAUGGUGCUCCAUAUCUUAUGUGCUCAGUUUUUGCUUGUUGGACUACUGAUCUUUGGAAUCGUUACUUGGGAAGAAAAUGGACAAUAUUUUGGACUUGUGCUAUUUCAGCUGUUACUUGUAUCUGGCUGGCGGUAACUAACAAUUGGUAUCAUCUUUUCAUCGCCAGACUAUUUCUUGGAAUUGGAAUUGGAGUGAAAUCAGCUACUGUACCUAUAUAUUCUGCUGAAUGUAGUCCCAAACAGAUUCGCGGGCUGCUUUGUAUGUUAUGGCAGCUAUUCACAGCGGUGGGCAUAAUGUUCGGUUAUGUGGCUUCGUUGGCAUUCUAUUAUGUACCAAAGAAAAGUUUUGGUACAGGAUUAAAUUGGAGAUUAAUGCUUGGUUCAGCUUGUAUUCCUGCAUUUAUUGUUUUAUUCCAAAUUCCCUUCAUUCCAGAAAGUCCACGUUGGUUAAUGGGUAAAGGUAGACAUCAAGAAGCGUUUGAUAGUUUGGCUCAAUUGAGGUAUGAAAAAGUGGCUGUUGCUAGAGAUUUGUUUUAUCAAUUUGUUUUGCUACAAGAAGAAGGAUCAGUCAAUAUUCCUGUAUGGAAAAAAGUAAUUCAAAUGUUCACAAUCAGAAGAAAUAGGAAUGCAGCCAUUGGAUCUUGGAUUGUUAUGUUUAUGCAACAGUUUUGUGGUAUCAAUGUUAUUGCUUAUUAUUCAUCAACUAUUUUUAUCAAUGCUGGGUUAGGUGAAGUUAAAGCUAUGGUUUUUGGAUUUGGACUUGUUAAUAGUGUUUUCGCAUUACCGGCCUUCUAUACUAUCGAUACCUUCGGUCGUAGGAACUUAUUAUUGUUUGCAUUUCCAUUGAUGUGUAUAUUUUUAUUAAUUACAGGUUUUGGAUUUUUAAUAAAACAUAAUCAAAAAGGUCAAUUAGCUAUGGUUGCUACAGGAAUUUAUAUAUUCACAGUUGUUUAUUCUACAUCAGAAGGACCGGUUCCGUUUCCUUAUGCAGCUGAAGCUUUUCCUUUAUACAUUCGUGAUAUUGGUACAAGUUUUGCAACUGCAACCUGUUGGUUUUUUAAUUUCAUCCUAGCUUUCACAUUUCCCAGGUUAUUAAGAGCCUUUACUAGCUGUGGAGCCUUUUGUUUCUACGCAGCAUGGAAUUUGGUAGGCUGGUUUUUAGUGUUGUGGUUUGUUCCUGAGACAAAACAGUUAACUUUGGAAGAAUUAGAUGAUGUAUUUGCUGUUCCAAUGUAUACUCAUGCUGUUUAUAGAACUAGAACUUUUCUCAGAGGUAUUCAACAACACGUCUUUAGACGUAAAAAUUUACCAGAAAUUCCACCAAUUUAUACUCAUCAAAGAAUGGCUGUUACUAAUCCAAGUUGGAAUGAGAAAACUGAAGUAGACCAUAUCGAGUAA